AUGACCAACCGCCUUGCACCUUUGCUCCAAAUGCACCCGGUGGAGGUGGCUUCGUCCGAACUGACGGCGGCCUUGUGCAACAUCAUCCAUGAGUUGAAGCGUGCCAAAAAAGAGGAAUCACUCGCGGAGCAGGCUGCCGUUUUGCUGGACCUCUCGAACGCCUUGCACGAGCUCCGCCAGAGCUUGUGUACCACUCUGCACAGCAUCCGACUGCCUACCCUCGUAGAGCCCGUGAUGCAAGCCACACAUCUGCAAGCUCUGGCAGCGGAAGAAGUGCCGAACAACUUGCGCCUGUACAUCUCCUGCACCCUGGCUGCCUUUUCAAGCAAGGUCGUGGCGCAGAUCUAUGUCAAGAGAAAUCAGCCGUGGGUAGAGGCAGUCCCUUUUGGCCGCCUCUGCCAUAAGUGGCGAGUGAAGCAGUUCCAAUUAUUGCACGAGGGGCAAGUAGUCUUCCCACGUGCUCGCCUGCAUGCAAUGGUCCCUGAGAAAGGCGAGGCUCUGGAGUUGCAGGUGCUGGUUGGGCAGGAGGCGCAUCCCAGCAUCAGAGUCGUCGUCGGCAGAACACCACCGGAACUUGAAGAGUCCGGCUUGCCCAUGCCCUCAUUUCCGUUGUACGAAAUGUGCGAGCUGCAGACUCCUGUGCUUGGAGACACCAACCGUCUCCUCUUCGGAGACCUGCUUCUGCGCAAGCCGCAUGGGCACAUUUCAGCCAGACUCUUGGACCGCUUCAGCCACAUGGUGCAGACGGUACCCGCACUAGGAAGAAGACACCUAAACGAGUUCAAAGAGAACUUGCAGGCAACGGACCACAUCUUGCACAUCCGGGUCUCUGCGGACGGUCAAAGUUUAGCCCUGAGGGCCAAGCUCGCCUAUGACCCGCGCUACAUCCUCGUGCCCGUCUUGGAGAGCGAGACCAAACCUCCAUGGAACAAGAAGGAGUUCGCGAAUGUCUGCAAUGCCAUCCACAGUGCCGUGUGGUGA